AAGAAUUCCAUCUCGGUUGCUAUUCGCGGAGCCAUACCGGAUUCAGAAAAUGCAAAAACAUACUUGGACUCCGUUGAAGAACAAUUUAAAGGCACCUCCAAGGCAUAUGCGAGUACUUUGAUUCUGAAGAUGUUGACUACAAAGUACGAUGGUGUGAGUGGUGUGCGUGAGCACAUCAUGAUGAUGAGUGACAUGUCCCACAAGCUUAAGAGCAUGGACAUGGAAAUUAGUGAGGGUUUUUUAGUGCACUUCAUUAUGACCUCUCUUCCGGCACAAUUUGGUCCUUUUAAAAUAAACUACAACACUCAAAAGGACAAAUGGCAAAUGAGUGAACUCAUUGCCAUGUGCGUGCAAGAGGAGGAGCGCUUAAAGAUUGAAAAACCCGAUGUUGCUCAUCUCACAACCACAAACACCGGGAAAAAGAAAGGCAAAUUUAAUACUGGAGAAAGUUCAAAGGUUCAUAAAACAAAUGCAAAUGCAACUCCUGGCUCAACCGCUCCUAAGGGCCUGUUUCGUUGUAAAUUCUGUCAUAAGAAAGGACAUGGCCAACGAGAUUCUCCAAAAUUCAAGGAGUGGCUAGCAAAGAAAGGGAUUCCAUUCAAUCCGGAGGCUGGAAAGAAACCAAAGAACCAUUAAAGUCGGCAAUGAUGAUGAUCUAAAUGUUGAAGCCGUAGAUACUUUGCAAUUAGUUAUGCAAGAUGGCUAUUGUAUUAACUUAUAUGAUACUCUUUAUGUACCGAGGAUGACUCGAAAUCUAGUAUAUGUACAUAAGUUAGAUAAUGAUGGAUAUUAUGUAACAUUUGGUAAUAAUAAAG